AUGAGUUUAGUGGCUAACACCGGGAAAUUGGCUGGACGGACGCUGUUUAUUACUGGUGCCUCCCGUGGUAUUGGUAAGGCUAUUGCCCUGAAGGCCGCGAAGGAUGGUGCCAACGUUGUUAUUGCCGCUAAAACAGCUGACCCGCAUCCCAAGCUACCUGGCACUAUUUACACGGCAGCUGAAGAAAUUGAAGCGCUAGGAGGCAAGGCCCUGCCUUGCAUUGUAGAUGUAAGGGAUGAGAAACAGAUCCAGAAGGCUGUUGAUGAGGCUGUCAAGAAGUUCAAUGGCAUCGAUAUCUUGGUGAACAAUGCGUCCGCCAUUGUUCUCACUGACACCGCCAACACGGACAUGAAGAGAUACGACCUCAUGCACAACAUCAACACCAGGGGAACGUUCUUGGCUUCCAAGCUGUGCCUGCCCUACCUGAAGGCCAGCAACCAUGCUCACAUCCUCAACCUGUCGCCUCCCCUCAACAUGAACCCCUACUGGUUCUCAGUGCACGUAGCUUACACGAUGGCUAAGUACGGAAUGUCUAUGUGUGUGCUCGGUAUGGCUGAAGAGUUCAAGCAGGACAACAUCGCAGUCAAUGCUCUCUGGCCCAAGACUGCUAUCGCGACGGCCGCCAUUGAGAUGUUGACCGGUACCAGCUCCACCAGCCGCAAGGUGGAAAUCGUCUCAGAUGCCGCCUACGUCAUGCUUAGCAAAGAUCCUAAAACGUACACGGGUAACUUUGCUAUUGAUGAAGAUGUUGUGAAGUCUGUCGGCGUCAAGGAUUUGACACCCUAUGCUUGUGACCCCAAGAACGCUGAUAACCUAUUACUGGAUGGUUUCUUGGAUGUCCCCGAAGCACUUGCACAGCAUCAGAAAACUAUAACGUCUGCUAACCGCGUCAGACAGUACCACACAUCCGCAGUCCACUACAAGGAGAAGGAAGGGUCAUCAGACGGUCAAAUCCCAACCCUCUUUGCGUCCAUCAGCAAAGUGCUCUCCUCAGACCUGGUACAAAAGACCCAGGCCGUCUACCAGUUCAAUGUCAAAGGUAAGGAAGAGGGCGUAUGGCAUAUCGACUUGAAGAACGGAGACGGACAAUGCGGACAGGGCGAACCCAAGAACCCACCAGACGCGACCCUCACCAUGGAUGGACAACACUUCGCUGAGAUGUUUGCUGGCAAACUGAAGCCAACAACAGCAUUCAUGAUGGGCAAAUUGAAGAUCAAAGGAGAUAUCCAGAAAGCUAUGAAAUUGGAGAAAAUGAUGAAAUCACUCCAAAAGAAGAAGUAA